CCUGCGUCUGUCGGAAGAUAAAUAGAAUCUGCGCUUGUAGUUGAUCACAAUUUUGCAACAUACGGUCCUCCGCAUCGCACUGAUAAUCCGGUCCGGUAUUACCAAGUUCUCGUGGUGCAUGCUCCAACGGCGUCACUGCUCGCCAAGGAAUGAGCUCGGAAUUUGCUGACAUUUCUAUCAGUGCUGGGACUCAAUCAAGUGGUCAUCGGAUCUGUUUCGACGCACGUGAUCAUAGUGUUGCUGCGGUCGCCCCAGAUACAAGUUUCCAAUGGCAGACCAGACAACAUCGGCGGUGGGACAUGGGGGAAGGACUGUUCCCGGCAUGUCCAUGCACGGUGUGACAGGAAAAGAGCCUGUGUAUGCAUUCUCAGUGAUUCAAGGAACUGUAGAGGACCCCGACGCUGAGAAGUUUGCGCUCCCGGUGGACUCUGAGCACAAGGCGAAAACAAUCCGAGUUUACAGUUUCGCAAAGCCACACAUGCGCGCCUUUCAUCUCGCUUGGGUGUCUUUCUUUACAUGUUUCUUGGCAACCUUCGCGUCGCCGCCCCUGAUGCCGAUCAUCCGUGACAACUUGAAUUUGACCAAAACCGACGUUGGACAUGCUGCCAUCGCCUCAGUAUCUGGUUCUAUCCUGUCUCGUCUGCUGAUGGGAACCGUGUGCGACGUGGUUGGACCCCGAUAUGGCUGUGCAUUCCUGAUUAUGAUAAUUUCGCCAGCCGUGUACUCAAUGGCUCUUGUUUCAGAUGCCGCGAGCUUUAUAAUAGUCCGAUUCUUUACCGGUUUCGCUCUAGCCACCUUCGUCUCUUGCCAAUUUUGGAUGAGCUCCAUGUUCAACAGCAAGAUCGUCGGCACAGCUAAUGGGCUGGCCGCGGGUUGGGGCAACCUCGGUGGUGGCGCUACUCAGCUCAUCAUGCCUCUGGUUUUCGCGUUAAUCCGAGACAGCUUCAACUCUACACCGUUCGUUGCAUGGCGCCUGGCCUUUUUCUUACCCGGAGCGAUGCAGACAAUUAUGGGGCUCCUCGUUCUAUUUCUCGGCCAAGAUCUUCCCGACGGCAACUAUUCUCAGUUGCAGAAACAAGGCGUCAAAGUGAAAGAUAGCUUUCUAAAGGUCUUGAUGUACGCAAUUACAAAUUACAGAACAUGGGUGUUCUUUCUGUUGUAUGGAUUCACCUUCGGCGUUGAGCUGACAGUCAACAACAACAUCGCUGAGUACUUCUAUGACCGCUUCGAUUUGAAUCUCUCCACAGCUGGAAUAAUCGCUUCAUUAUUCGGCUUGAUGAACUUUUUCGCUCGUCCAAGUGGUGGAAUCAUCUCCGAUACUGUUGCGCGCCGUUUUGGAAUGAAAGGUCGCCUGUGCACGCUGUGGAUAUGCCAUUCACUUGGGGCAGUCUUCUGCAUUGUGCUUGGGAGGAUGGACAGUUUGACUGCCGCCAUAGCCGUCUUGAUCGUCUUCGCGGUUUUCAUCCAGGCUUCUAGCGGGGCUGUUUUUGGCAUAAUCCCUUUUAUCUCACGGAGAUCACUUGGUGUGAUUUCGGGAUUCACUGGCGCAGGAGGGAAUGUAGGCUCCGUGGUACUGCAAACAGUAUUCUUCACAUCGGGUUCGUAUCGAACCGAAGAAGGCAUCCAGUUCAUGGGUGUGAUGGUCAUCUGUGUCGCCGCGCUAACAGUAUUUAUCUAUUUCCCCCAGUGGGGAGGGAUCUUCUUUCCUCCAUCCAAAAGCACCGAAGAAGAUUACUACGCCUCCGAGUGGAGUGCCGAGGAGCAGGAGCAAGGGAAGCAUGCAACAAGCAUGAAAUUCGCCUCUAAUGCGAGAAGCGAGCGUGGAAAGAGAGGUCUGAAUUCUCCCGAUUUGACCAUCCAUCCCGUUACUGAUUCCAAGGCCACCCCAGUUUCUGACGUUGAGCUCAACAAAGUGUAAACCUCUCUGACAGUUGAGGACGCUGACCUUCUUUUACCUACGACCUCCCGGUUUUGGAAACAGUAGAACUCAAGUUUCAGCAGUUCCCAAACGAUUUGGUUUAGAUAGCAUUACAACGAUGGGUCCGCAGAUACACCUUCACAAAUCAUCUGGAUUACGAGGGAGAUGUAACUUAGUCACAUACCUUUUCCCACGCAUGCCUCGGUUCAAACGCUUCAAUCUCCUUGGAUGAGCGUACAGAUCCUUCUUGAACACGAGGCACGAAAUUGUGCAUGUAAGAGAUUCUGAUAGGAUUGUCUAGUUUAGGUCUCUGAAGACUACCAAAAAAUUACUCAGGCUGGAUGUAGUUUCUAGCAUUGAUGUUCCGUAACUUAUUCCCGUAUUCAUAAUACUUUUCAACAUGUUUCCCUUCACAAGUCGUCUGAAAUUCGUGUAAAGCUAUCUUCCCAAAUCACUUUGCAAUUAAUAUAGCUUGAGAAAGCGAAAGUGGACAUAACUGUGUUCAUCAAAA